AUACGCCGGGUCAGUCUCCGAGGACAUAUACCCGUCCCGUCGUCCUAUCUCCUUUCCUUCUUCCUUGGGCAAAGGAGGCAUCUUCGUGCUGCUGCCUCGGUCUGCAUGCUGUCUGUAGCUUCUACUGCACUCCCGCGCUCUUCAUCCCACCCCUUCGAUCUUCCCUCUCUUCUUCUCUUCUCUUCUCUUCUUUAAAAAGCUCCCUCCCGAGCUUUCACUUGACGCCAUAACUCGACCCACGCUUCUCCCCAACGCUUGCUUGCUUCCCGCCUUUCUUCCUUGGCCAAGUUAGCCAGGUCGACUGGGCCUAUCUGGCUAUCCAUAUCUCCAGUCCAAGCUCGUCUCUUCAAUCCGAAGUCGAGCGCCCUCACACACACAAGAAAGAUCCAGGAGAAACGAUCAGUCGAUCAGCACAUCUCCUAAGCUAAAGAAACCGCCCGAGCGAGCUCCCUAUCCACUCCACCCAUCGCCAUGGCCGGUCAGUGCUCUGUCCUCGCCCGUGCACACCACCAACAGUGCUGUCGGUCACCCACAAACUAAGAGAGCAAGGGGGGAGACAAAAACUCUUCUCUUGGUCUAGCGAGAAUGUGGCAGCUGUCGUCGCUGCUUCAGAGGCUGGCCCGAUCCAUGGCUCUGGGAAAGGAGCGGAAGGAGGAGGAGCAGGGGACGGUGCUGCGGACGUCGGGGACGCUGCGGGGCGAGGGCUCCGGGACCUUCGCCGCCGUGUGGUCCCGCCGCGGCGAGAAAGGCACCAACCAGGACUGCUCCGUCGUCUGGGAGGGGUUCGGAUGCCAGGAUGACACCAUCUUCUGCGGCAUCUUCGACGGCCACGGCCAGUGGGGCCACUACGUCUCCAAGGCCGUCCGGGACUCGCUGCCGCCAUCGCUGCUGUGCCGCUGGCAGGAGGCCGUCGCGCUGGCGUCGCUCAUCGACGGCGAGAAGAAGCUCUGCGACUCCCACUUCGACCUCUGGAAGCAGUCCUACCUUGCCGCCGCCGCUGCCGUCGACGACGAGCUCCGCCGCAGCCGCCGUCUCGACGCUGUCAACAGUGGCUCAACGGCGUUGUCGAUCGUCAAGAAGGGUGACACGAUGGUGAUCGCGAACGUCGGCGACUCCCGAGCUGUCCUGGGGACCAUGUCGGACGACGGCAGCAUCGCCGCCGUCCAGCUCACCGUGGACUUCAAACCCAACCUGCCUCAGGAGAAGGCGCGCAUCGUGCAGUGCAAGGGCCGCGUGCACUGCCACGACGACGAGCCCGGCGUGCACCGGGUAUGGCUGCCCCACCGGGAGGCGCCGGGGCUGGCCAUGUCGCGCGCGUUCGGCGACUACUGCGUCAAGGACUACGGCGUCAUCUCGGCGCCGGAGGUGACGCAGAGGAGGAUCGCCGCCCGGGACCAGUUCGUCAUCCUGGCCACCGACGGGGUCUGGGACGUGGUCUCCAACGAAGAGGCGGUGCAGAUCGUGGCUGCCACGCCGGACAGGGAGAAGGCGGCGAAUCACCUCGUCCAGUGCGCCGUCCGUGCUUGGAGGCGCAAGCGGCGGGGCUACGCCGUCGACGACUGCUCGGCGAUCUGCCUCUUCCUCCACCACUCGCCGCCAUCGUAGACGGACAGCUUCGUCCCUGCAUUGCCGUGAAGACCAAGGAAGGAAGAGAAAGACGUCCGUCCUUUUCUUGGUAGAGUGAGUGCAGACGUCGAGGUCAGAGACCAAAAUGGCAGAUCACAGCAAAUCAGAGCGUGCGGCAGUUGGGCUGGCGAUCGGGACGGUGGGCGAACUGCUGCCGGUGGAUGACCGGAAAAUCUCCCCAAACUGCACGAGAAUCAACAGCAGCCAGCGGCAAGGGGGGCAGAUGCAUUUUUGUCCUCAUUCUCUGUGUAUGGCUCCGUCUUCGUUAUGACGGGAAAUAGUCACGAUCAUUGCCUUAUUAUCAGUGUACAUCAAUCACAACAGGGUCAUA